CGUCACCGCUGCGACACCACGGAUUCGCACUGGGUUUACAUACCAGAACCACGGCUAACGACGCACUUUUGCACCCACAGGCAGCGCGCGAUCUUCUGUCGACGAGUCUCGGAGCGAUGAGGUCACACGGGAGGACGAGACGGUCGUCGACGCAGAGCAAGGCAGCAUGCUCUCGCACAUCAUAUCACAGUUGCGCCCGGGAGCCGACCUGAGCCGCGUCACGCUGCCGACUUUCAUUCUCGAGCCGCGGUCCAUGCUGGAGCGCAUCACCAACUUCAUGGCCCACCCCGAGACGCUCCUCCCGCUGACCAAGAUCGACGACCCUGUCCAGCGAUUUGUCGCAGUGACCAAGUUCUACCUCAGCGGAUGGCACAUCAAGCCCCCGGGCGUGAAGAAGCCGCUGAAUCCCAUCCUGGGCGAGAUCUUCACAGGCUACUGGGACUACCCCGACGGCACCAAGGGCUACUACAUCUCCGAGCAGACAUCGCACCACCCCCCGAAGUCCAGCUACUUCUUCAUGGCUCCCGAGCACCACAUCCGGAUCGACGGCACACUGAAGCCAAGGAGCAAAUUCCUUGGCAACUCUGCAGCGAGCAUGAUGGAGGGGAUCGCUGUUUUGCGAUUCCUGAAUACAGGCGAAAGAUUCUUCAUCACACAGCCUAACAUCUACGUGCGGGGAAUCUUGUUCGGCACCAUGAAGUACGAGCUUGGCGAUCACGCCUACGUGCGAUGUCCCGAGACCGGCAUGGUCGCUGACGUCGAGUUCAAGACCAAGGGCUACUUUUCCGGCGCCUACAAUGCUAUUGGCGGGUACAUCAAAGACAAGAACGGCAAGAACCUGUUCGAGCUGUCAGGCGCGUGGAAUGAGGAGAUGUACAUCAAGGAUCUGACGACUGGCAAGAAAGAGUUGUUCUUCGACGCAGCAAAGACACGGCACACCCCGCCAAAGGCGCGACCACUAGAGGAGCAGGACGAGCGCGAGUCGCAGAGACUUUGGCACGACACCACAGAGGCGGUCAAGAAGAAGGAUCAGGAGACAGCCACAACAGCAAAGGCGAAGAUUGAAGACAGGCAAAGAGAAGAGGCGGCAGCAAGGGCGAGCGAUAACGUCGAUUGGCACCCUCAGCUGUUCCGAGCGACCAAGGGCGGGCCUGGUGGGCCUGAAGAGGACGAGGAGGAUCUCGACUGGAUCAUCAAUGCGAAAGUUGACGCAAAAACUCCGGAGGAGCAAGUCAAGCAGAUACUACAGAUCCAUGCCGUGCUCCCUGGCCAGAAACCGGACAGGCAGUUCAACAUUCCUCAGCGGAACGCCAGCAUUACAUCUCAGCCGCCCGCGGUGGAGCCCACACAAUCAGUAAACGGUGCGUCACAGGAACAGGUGGAGCCGACGAGAGUACUUGCGCAGCAGGAAACCCAGCAGCCUCCGAUCCCACAGCCCGAGCCACAGCAUGCUAAACAGGAACCGCAGGUGCAGCAGGUACAGCAGCAGCUUGCUAGCGUCGACCUCAACCAGCCCCCACCCCAGGCAGAGUCCAGCAACGGCCACGCCCCGAUCAGCUUCACUCCCGUCCCGCCCGCGCAAAGCUCGACCCCCGAGACCAACCCCCCGAGCAAACUCCUGCACUCCAACCCGGCCCCCGAGCCCUCGCGGGACGACAAGCUGCGCCGCCUGGACAGCGAGACCCAGGAGCACGACGAGUUCCACGACGCACACUCGUAGGUAUCGCACAUGGGCUUUUUGAUUAUCGCGGCAUGAUGAUUUGAUAGCGUUCCCCCCCGGCUCCGUAGCUUACCUCAACAGUAGGC